AUGUUGAAUAUGAAUGUGAGUCCUCAGACUCUAAACUCCGGUUCAAGUUAUGAAACGUCAGGAAGGAAACAUUUGAUUCAAGAAAAGAUAGGCGGUACAGGUUAUGAACAUAAUAUGCAAUCAAAGAAUCGUGUUUUUAAUAUAAUGGACACAGGUCUGACAACUAAUAAAAAUUCCUCUAACACGUUCAACGACAGUUUCGCUACUCAUUUUGAUUAUCAGGACGUUUCCAGUCUAAGUGGUCGAAUGUCACUGGCGAAUCAGGGAGGUGGAGAAGGCUUAGCUGAAGGUAAAAGUUCGACGUUGUCGUUAAACGAAAUAUUGGACGAUGUUAACCGAAUUAACGAAAAAUCCUAUGACGACAAUUGCGCUGCCUCUUUGCAAUUUGCUAACGAGAAUUUAAAUGAUUAUGAUGUUGACGGUACAAAUGAGUCAACCGACAUGGUCCGCAGUGUCGAGGUUGAAAAUGACAACGUUGCGAAAAAAUUGCCAAAUUUUCAUUGUGACUACUCGGAACAUUCUCUGACGACUAUGAGUCAGAUCAACUUUAGAACUGUAGAAUUGGAUAAUAAUUUUUCCGCUCAUCAUACUCGCUGUCUACCUCGUAAAAGUCGCAGCGUAAACAGUGGUCUGAUGAUCAAAUGUAAUGAUACGACUAGCCUUAAUGAUAGAUCUAAAAACAUUUUGAGUAAAAUUGCUAGCAAAAAUAUACACGCAGCUAAGCAUUUACACACCGACAGUGCACUUAUUGAUGAUUCUUCAUUUUCCGAUAGCAUCAGUGUGAUGAACACUGUUCCUCGCGACCGAUCCUUCAUUUUGGAUCAAAAUAAAUGCAACGGGGCUUUGAAAGCUAGCCAGAGAGCUGGCUUUGACGAGGAUGGCAACAACACUGUUAAAAAACGUCCCACAAAAAAUCUUUUCAACAACGAGAGUGCAAAGUGGAAAAAUAUUUUUCCACUUUCCUGUACAAAGACCCAGGAGGAGAAGGACGAAGGAUAUAUAAGUAACAAAAACUCUGAAGGGUCUUAUGAAAUUGCAGCUAAUAUUUCAAGCGCAUCUCAUUGA